UCACAAUGGCCGUUUAUAUGAUUACCUUGCGGGAGCUCAAGGCCGGCCUCGAAGGGCGGGCGGCGCAGUCAGUCGCGCGACGCACCGCCGCCGAGCCAUGCCGCCCGCGCUCGCCUUACUCUUGUGCCUGAGCCUCGUGGCAGCAAACCAGGUGAGUAUAACAGAGUUCUCGGUGCCAGACACAGCCAAAGUCGGAGAUGACGUGGAGCUGGUGUGCCGGUAUAAUCUGGAGGGGAAGGAGACGUCUCUGUUCUACGUGAAGUGGUGGUGGACGCCGGUGGACGCUCCGACGCGUCUAUUGUACCAGCGCAUCGGCCACCACGAGCCGCAGUCGUCAAUCCACGGCGUCAAAGUAAAAGAUAACGACACCAUCCAGCUGGUGAACUUGCAGCCGAAUGACUCGGGGAGGUACGAGUGCGAAGUGAACAACGUCGACGAGAUCCGGCGCAGUCAAGACCUCAUCGUCUACACGCCGGGCAGUGGCCCGCAACUGAAUGUGUCGACGGUGGCAGACGGUCCGGACGACCAGGACGUGCAGGUGUUCUGCGAGGCCACGGACGUGGCGCCCGAGCCUGAACUUACCAUCUCCGUCGACGGAAAAGUCGUGCCCGUUGCCGAUCUAGUAUUGAGUGAUUCCGUGGACGGCCAAUACAGCAUCGCGGCGAAUCUUACCCUGGAGGACAUAGAAGCCGGCUCCGAAGUGCGCUGCGAACUGUUCUACACUAACCGCGCCGUCAACCACGAGCCUUACGUAGCCGUAGAGACCUACCAGCCGUCAGGCGCUGAGCUGACCACCACGGAGGCGUUCGAGGACUCUACGGAGUCGGAAGCCACGCCCAGCCCCACCGAUGGAAGCGGAGACACGUUGUUAAGAAAUUCGUGGUUGCUUUUAGCAAUCGUUGCUGCGCUGGCGCACCUACUCGUCCGCACUGAUCGUUCAUUGUGAUACUAAUAGUAAUGUAAAUAAUUUACACUAACUCUUUCAAUUAUUCAUUGUAAUAAACUGUUUUUAUAAAUAA